CAAGUUAAAUGUCACCCAUUGACCAUACAAAAAUUAUUUAUAUCACACAAAUUGGAAACAAAUUCAGAUGAUAAAACUAAUUAUUUCACCAGAUAAGAAUUAUUUUGCUUAUUAAAACACUUUACUUGUUUAUUAUAGGCUACAACACUAAAUGCUAUAAUAAUAAUUUAGACAAUGUCAGAAGUUUGGUAGAUCGGCCUAGCAGAUACUGAAGUCGCACAAGUAAUGGUGAGCUGGUUGGGAUACGGUAACUCAGCGACAGUCUCAAUAGUUCUAGAAGACGAGGAAACAAGAACUAAAGUUCCAGUUUUAAUCGAGGACGAUGGUAAGGAGUACCAACAUCUCUUCUACGAUGGAGAUAACGUUUCGGGAAAAGUAACCAUCAAACUCAAACAGGAGGGCAAGAAACUGGAACAUCAGGGCAUCAAGAUAGAGUUCCUAGGACAGAUAGAGAUCUACUACGACCGGGGUAACCACUACGAGUUCGUGAAGUUGGACAAGGACUUGGCCAGACCGGGGGAUUUAACAGAGUCCUGUUCGUUUCCUUUCGAGUUCCUUAAAGUGGUGAAACAGUACGAGUCCUACACUGGGCGCAAUGUUAGACUCAGGUAUUUUCUGCGUGUAACAAUCUCGCGACGUCUGGUUGACAUUAUACAUGAGAAGGAGCUGAUGGUACACCAACUGUCUAGUUACCCAGAAACCAACUCUUCCCUCAAAAUGGAAGUCGGUAUUGAGGAUUGCUUGCAUAUAGAGUUCGAAUACAAUCGGAGCAAGUAUCAUUUGAACGAUGUGAUCGUCGGUAAAAUCUACUUUAUUUUGGUGCGAAUAAAGAUAAAACACAUGGAAUUAUCGAUAAUAAAAAGGGAAACCACGGGAUCAGGUCCAAACACGUAUAACGAAAAUGAGCAGAUAAACAGAUAUGAGAUCAUGGACGGUGCCCCAGUCAGAGGUGAAUCGAUACCCAUCCGACUGUUUUUGUCUGCGUACGAUCUCACGCCAACAAUGAAAGAUGUAAACAAGAAAUUCUCUGUCAGAUAUUACCUCAAUUUAGUCCUAGUGGACGAAGAAGAUCGAAGAUAUUUCAAACAACAGGAAAUCACGCUGUGGAGAAAAUCACCGUUGUCUCUGAAACCUGAAAACAGGGGCGUAGUGGCUUUAGAAAGCAUACAACAGAACCAAGUCAGCUAACUUUCCUUCUUACUCCUACUGUAACGUCACAUAGCUUACCUGAAUGUUCGGGCAGGACAAUACGGGACGCGGCGAACGUUUUAACAAAUUGAACUGUAGUUGUUGUUGUUGAAGAAGUGGUGACAUGUUCAAAUGACCUUCGAGCAAUUUGGAGUUAAAUUGAAGUUUUUAAGCAUGAUCUUUUAUUUACUAAGCUAGUAGCUAUGGUAACUAGUAGUGUAACUAUGGUAACACACUAGUUCUAGUAAUUGUCGGGUUAGAUUUGAAUUGCGCUUUUGAAUUGAAAAAUUUGUUGAAAGGUUUGGUAGCGUUGUUUGUAUACUGAGGUUAAGAUUCCACGUUUCCAAUUUUCUUUGAGUUUUUCUUGAACAAAGUUUUAUUUUUUUCUAUCAUUUUUGUCACGAAACGUUUGUUGUACUGUUUUCAUUCCUCAUCAAUCAUGAAGUCCACUUCUACUAAAAAUCUUUGAUAUUACAACAAUGCAUCUGUAAAUGUAAAUUUACCUAAAGGUUCCAGUUUUCUUAACAAAUAAUGACACUUUUCGCACAGUCAACUGCUUUUUGCGUUUAAAUUUAAGUACUUUCUAGAUCGGGUUAAAAAUAAAAUGUAAAGUUUGUGAAGGAAACAUAUUAUAAUAUCUGGUGUUACAGAUAUUUAGCAGGACUAAUUAUUUCUGUGACCGGUUGAUUUUCUUAAGAUUUGUUUUUUGAUUGCCCUCUGUAGUAUGAACAAUGAAUUUUGUUGUGUUUUGAUUUAUAA